CACAUUAAAUCAGCUCUGGACGUGAGCUAUGGCAAACACUGGGACGAGAUCAACAACAAACGCACCCUUCUUCUUAGCCAGUCCUUCAAAAAUCAAUCCACACCAAAUCACACCAGCUACACAUUGGAGUUUAGUCUCCAAGUGCCAGAGAAGAAUUUAAACUACCGCACACAGCUUCUGCACUCUCACCUGAGACAGCUCGGGUCUGAGAGCAGCACUCACCUCAAAGUCAACUACAACAACCUGAUGCCGCUGGUGGCUGGAUUACACUGGAAAAGUCCUCCACAAGACACCGUGCAGAAAAAAUGGGAAGGCACAUUAAACAUGGACACACCGUGGCUUUACAUCUACACCUCGCACAAACUGAGCCAGCUGCAGCGCCACUCGCUCCAGCUCUCGUCCGAACUGACAGCCAGCAAGUGGCUGACCGUCCGUAACCUCCUGCUGGAGGUUUUCUACCGGGACAGAGGCAGGGAGAAGGAGGCCCGUCUGCAGCUCUACACACCAGCUGUCACCUACAUCAGAGCAGGAGGGUGGGGGUUGGUGGGGAAGCGGACUGUGAAGGCCUUCGGAUCCUUCAGCUCUUUGUGGACUCCUCCCCUGAGAGGAGACAUCUCUCUGGAGGCCUCUAAACUCAGCCACACCCUGCAGAUUGCCUCCACCUACGGCAAGCACAACGUGAGCCUUGUAGCGGCCCUGAACACUGCAGAUAAGAAUUUGAAAAAGAGACAAGCACUUCUGAAGAUGACCUUCUCACAGCCUAAAAGUGCGUCCACAGAGCUGGAGUUUGAAGGAGUCGUAGAGGAGCUGAGGAAAGACAAGAAGAUGUACCAGAAAACAGCAAUGCUCCAUCUCAGACAGCCCUUCCAGACGUUUCCUCAGACUCUGCUCCUGCGGGAGACUUUCACUGUCGACCUUCUCAAAGGCCUCUACAUCCUGGAGUCAAAAGCUGUUUUUCUAAGCAUCAGAGAGGUCAUCCACACCCUCACCAUCGGCUACCGAAAACCAAGCCCUUUUGUUUGUUCUGCACUCGUUCAUCCCUUCAGCUCGGACGUUAUUCCCUCAGACUCAGAAAUGUGUGUUACCGUAUCCAACAAUCAGACCCAUAAAGAUGUACAAGGAAGGUUACGGGUAGGCAGCAAGGAGAGACUGACUUUCUUUGGACAAGUUCGGCUGAACUCUCUGCACUCUUGUCACCAUAUGAUUCAAGUCAGAGGAAACUACACCCAUCAGCUCCAGCUGCAGAUCCCCUCCUCUGCUAUAGUGGAGGGAAAUGUAUGCUGGGACCCCAAAAGCAACACUGACUUUAAUUAUCAGGCUGGAGGGAAACUGAGAAUUGAGCGACAGCAGUGCAAACUAUCUGUACAGCUGAAUGGGACGUCAGGGAGAGUUAAUCUUUAUUCUUCGUUGAGUCAUCCCUUCAAAUCAAAGAUUCCUAAAACUUUAGAGGUAAAGGCAGCUGCAGAUAUUCCCACAGUGGCUGGCAGAGGAAGCAGCUCCGUUAACGUAAGAGCUGAUGGGAAGGAGAGGGUGAAGCUGGAUGCCAGGAUGUCCCACUCCCUCCAUCAUGGAGACAGAGCUGUGGGACUAAGGCUCAACAUAUCCCAGAGUCUGCUGCCUACUACCACAGACCUGCAAGUAAACAUGGCCGCCAACAUGUCCUCAGACAGUGUGUCUCUACAUGGCUCCUUUACACAGGGGCAUGACGCACUGUUGGCCCAGAUCAAAGGGUCUCUAAAAAAUACCCGGGGUCUUCAGCUGGCUGUGUCUGGGGACCUGAGGCACUCCAUGGCCAACCUUGUUAUUUUGCCCCCUGUCCUGGGGUUGGAUGGGGCGCUGGGACAGUCUGACACCCUCAUUGAAGGACAGCUGAGAGUCCGAGUGAUGGAUGCUUUGUACAGCGUGGAGGUAAAACAUCAGGAGGAUACCGAAGAUUCUUUGAACAGCGAAGAGAAAGAGGGAACGACAGGAUAUAAAGUUCACAUGUCUAAUGGUUCGCUGUGUGCUUGGUUUGGGGCGGAGCAUUUGUGUUUGAAUUUAAGCCGCCAACUGGGUGAUCAAGGGAGAGGUGCGGUAUACGCAAAGCUGUUUCACUCCUUCAACCUGCUCAAUGCCACAGGUGUACCUGCCAUCAGUAGUGCCCAGGGAAGGUGGGUCAAAGCUAGUGGUCAACUGUCACUACUGGCAGAGCUGCAGGCUGGACCUGAACAUCUAAAAGCUGAGUUUAAUGGAAGAAAGACAGAACAGGCUGUCCCAAGAUGGGAGUACUACUCCAAAGUGCAGCAUCAAUUUAAAGCUCUAAUGAAAAGAGGCUUAUCAAGCUCCAUGGAAGCCAAGGCACAUUAUCAGUUGGAAACAGACGGACUGGAAACAGGCUUGAUCCUUCACAUGGAAGAUGAGAGAAUUGCUGAGGUCCUUUUUAAUGUUGGAUCAAAAAACAGGACUGCUAUAUUGGCAAUGUCUCUGUGGCAACAGAUGAAUCUGCUCCAAGGAUUCAUACCCAACUCUUUACAGAUGAACUGCACAGGGGACGCCACUGCAGACCGACUCUCAGCCCAGUGCUAUGGAAAUGUGGCAGGUCGCCCUGUGGGGAAUCUUCUGCCAUCACAGUCCUCAGUUAACAUCUCCAUCACCCGUUCUGGAUGUUCAACAAAUCUCAGCACUGUUCUCCAUGCUGAGGGCGAACAGAAAGGCAACCUCAGCCUGCAUUUAACUUGUCACCCAAACCUCAGUCUGAAAGCAUCAGUACAGCACUCUAUAGAGGCGAUACACAUGCUGGGAUUACCCUCGCAUGGAGGAUUAAUCCUGAAUGUUUCGGCUGCACAUCUGCCUGGUGUGGAGGUUGGUCUGGAGCUGGGACAAUGUUAUUUAAGGGGGAAAUUGUGGAAAACCCAGAAAUCCCUAAGAGAGGAGGAGGAGUCUUCCUACACUGCAAAUGUGACCAACUACUGUCCUGCUCUACAGGAUUCAGUCCUCCCAGUGUCUUCGUCUCUUCAGGGCCACCUGUCAGUCGCCCCCUGCCAGCUCUCCUUGACCUCCUCCCUGAGGGCGGACAACCAGGACCUGUCCCUGCAGCUGAGUCAGUCCUGCAGGUCUCCACACCUCUCUGGGAACCUUACACACUCCUUCCUUGCACUGAAGAGCUACAGUGUUCCUCCAAUAAUCACUAUAGAGGCCUCCGCUCCUGGGAGCCCUGAGCAGGCGGGGUCCCUGUUCAUUAAAGCGGGGACAUGUUUCAUCAGAGCCGAUAGAAUCAUAGAGGCUGAAGGAAGGACACAGUGGCUCUGGGCGCUCAAGUCAACAUGCCCAAUGUUGCAGGCUAAUCUGAAUGGCUCAGUGUGGCAGGACCCUCAGGGGAUCUGGACUGUCUUCGUGGACACCCAUAUGGAGGGCAAAAGGGGUUUCCUGAGGCUGAAUGCAAACGCCUGGCCAGACCUGAGUGUGGAGGGCGAGCUCAGUCACAACCAUCCAUCUCUUAGGAAUGUACCUCAGCUCAGCCGAGUGAGAGUCAGCUGCAGGAAUAAAGAAAACCGUUACGACGGUGAAGCCUUCAUUCAGAUGGACGAGUGUUCUUUAGGAGUCAGAGGAGGUGUGAUGUCACAAGCUGGCCUGCAGGGGUCGCUGGUGUAUCACAACAACUGCUCAGUGAUUAAGGCGUUGGGUAGUCCUGACAGGGUGCGAUCCUCCGGGUUGUUGGUUGUCUCCCCAACUGGUGCUGAAUCUCAGGUCUCCAUGGUGAUAGAUGACAAAGAGUUACAGGCAUCUGCUUCUCUCAAGAAAACUGAGGAUAAAAAUGAAGCUUUGCUGAAUCUGAACCACUCUGUGCCCCUGCUGAAGAGGCUGGGACUCCCCGUUAGUGCGACAGUGACAAUGAACUCUGGGAGUCAUGACAAUGGCUCCCAUUAUUAUUUGUUACACAGCAGUGCAGGGAAUCAAAAGGUAACCCAAGAGAUGACAGUGCUUAAAACGUCUGAGACAAUCAGUGUGAAGAGUCAUUUUAUGCACACAGUGAACUAUCUGAAGAAAAUGGGAGUCCCUGCAAACAACAGCAUCCAGGUAGAGUUCGGUUCUGCUGAAGGGAAGGCCUUCACCUUACACUCUCAGCUUGGAGGUCGGCAGGCAGGAAUGAGACUGACGAUGAAAAGUCUCCCAUUGACCAAAGAGAUAAGAGGCAACAUGUGGCACAGCUGGUCGUGGCUACAGGACAGAGGACUUCCACUUAAUAUAGAGGGCCUUUGUUUUAUCCAGGGAGUCCCAGCUCAGCUUCGUUCCCGGGCUCAGCUCUCUGUGGACGGCCACAAGCUGCUCGUCUCUGGUUUGAAUGUCAGUGUGUCUGAUGGACGUCUGGUUGUGCUGCUCUCCUACUCUCCUCCAUCCUCUAAUCACACAGAAACACAACACAGGCUGGAAACUACUCUGACUGCACAGUUCAAAGGUCCUCUGCGGAGCGCCUCACUUGACAUUCACAGGAACAACUGGAGAGUCCUAGCUGUAGGGGAUGUAGGAGGCUGGGGGGCUCAUGUAGGGUCCAAGGAGGCCAGAGUCACACUGAGACACACCAUGCAGGGAGAGACUAGACCCACCUUACAGGUGGAGGCCUGGGGCAGACUGACUGAGUCCCAGCUGAGGUGCUCCAUCGCUGUCAACCCUGAACGCAGCUCCUCCCUUGCACUCAUCAUCCAGGGACACCAUGUUCCUCAUAGCAAGGAGCUGAUGAUGAAGAUGGUCCAGACUCUUCCCAUGAUGUUGGUUUACCUGCCGUCUCAGCUCAAUGUCCGCUCUCAGCUGAACCAGUCAGAGUCCAAUGUGGCCGCUUUGGUGGAGGUUUUAUCAGGCAGGAGGAGGCUGUGGGCUCUAGGGGAACUGGCAGCCAUAGAGAGCGGAUACAGACAGAAUAUAGAGCUCAAACACACGUACCCACAGUUGAAGCCGCUCCCCAGGUCUGUCGCUGUCAGGACGGUGUAUGAGGCCAGAGCAUGGCGCUACCAGGUCCAACAUGGAGCUGUGUGGGGAAACCAGGAGUUCAGCCUAUCCGGUCUCUACUCUGCCCCUCCUGCUCUGGAGCUGGGGAAUGAGACACUGAAGGUUCAGAUCAGCUGUGCUCCCCGUUUGACCAGUUUGGAGGUGACACUGGAGCGGUCCUUACAGGGCAGACUGGACAGUGUUUUACUGGGCUGGACCAGGCAUGGAAAACUGGAGCAGGUCAGAGCUGUGAGCUUGUGGAGUCGCUCAGAGGAGAUGAAUGAGACCAAACUGGAGCUGAAUCAGCCGUUCUCCUCCACACUGAGCCGGAUGAGCCUUCACAGUCUGACACAUCAUUCACAGAGAGAACAACGCAGCAGCCACGCAACCCACCUGUCCUGGGACAGCACGGCCCCCAUCAACAUCUCCCUCAACCUGAACAAACAGUGGCAGAACAACUCCAGCAGGGGGCAGGCAUGUGCUCAGUUCUCAACACGACAGAUGGCGGUGUCCCUGGUUAAAGGCUGUGUGUCGGUGGCUCAGGAAGGGAAAUCACAUUUACAAAAUGCAGAGUUAAGAUGGGACAACAGGAGCAUCAAGCAGGGAAUGAAGUACCAGAGGGGCCCACAGGGUACGCACAGCCUUCAGGUUAACCUGGGUCUAGAAAAAGUGUCUCCUGCACCCUGUCCUUCACACACACUCCUGGCCAGGAUCCAGACCAACCUGAAAGAUCGUUUGGAGCACACAGUGCUGCUGGGCCUCUGUCCCCCUCAGCCAACUCUGUCAUGGUCAGGAUCGCACAGAGUGAACUCAGGAGAGGAGCUGUUUUACACUCAGUCUCAUCUGUCGGUAACAGGACGGCCCCGCCAGUGCAGCAUCACCUUCGCCCUGACAAACUCGUCCACACCUCAGGGCUCCAACAUGUCUCUUAUCUCUGAGUCCAGAAUUGGUAAUUGGAGUGUGGAGGUUGGGAGCAGUGCCCUGACCUGGCCUGGGGGGUCUGGACUUCAGUUGCAGGCCAGACUUGACCGCAGGGAGAAGAUCUGGCUGAGCGGGAGUGUAGAGGGGCGAUGUCUGAGGACCACAGCAGGAUAUAUGAAUGGUCCGGGACUGAGCGAAGAUGUCACUGUCACAGCAUGUGUUGGAAAGAAUCACAGUUUGAUGCUGGAUGUGAAGGAAAAAUAUGGCAGCAGUAAACCUCAAACUCUUGGCCGUGUGUCUGUAGGAUCAGCCAAUCAGAAGCUGAUGCUAAGAGCAGAUGGCUGUUUGGAAAGUCUGACUGCUGUAGAGGCAAGGAUUCAAUAUCUGAGCUCUCAGAUACGGAAGAAGCUUUUGGAAAGAAUCAAGAUGAUGCAACAUCUCCUUCUUGAGUUCAGACAGCAGUCCAGAGACAGUGAGCUGCUCCAGGACCUGACCCUGGUCCCCCUUCUUCUAUCCCAGCAAGCAAAGGCUCUGCUGGAUCACAAACAAGACCUUUUUUUGUGGCAGAGAAGCCUCCUGUGGCGCAUUGUCACCGACAGCCUGCCUCGAUUUCUCAGCCUGCUGCAGCACGCAUCUCUGCUGGGACAACAGGAACUGAGGAGGCCUUUAGCCACUCUGGCAGGUGUGUAUCAAGAUGUGAAGGGGCAGAGGCUGGAGGCGCUGUGGAGAGAGGCUGUUUCUUUGUGGACUGAUGGGCUGGUGGAGCUCCUACCUGCUCUGAUGGAAAACCCUCAGCUUAGGCCACUUGCUCAGGCCUGUGUCACCACGCUCAGCGCCGCCCUGGAUGUGGGAGGACAGCAAACCUACCACUGGGUGGAGACCAGGUUGGCGAUGGCUCUGUCUGGAGUCAGGAAACGUCUUGGAUCUGUCUACAAAUUCUCCCCGAGCGAGUGUUCAGUGAUCAUAUCAGUGCCACUGCCAUCGCUGCGCUGGCCCAGGGUGGCCCAGACUGGUCUGGUGGAGAUCCUCCUGGAAGAGUGGCUCCUAAGGCCCCUGCAGACCCUCGCCUCCAUCCGACCAGUAGCCGAACUCUAUCGGCUGAAAAGGAAGAUCAUGGACAGCCCAUUCAUAUAUCAAGCUCUGUUGGUGGCUGAUCAGUUUGUGGUGACAUUCGAUGGUCACCUGUACGAACUCCCGCGCUCCUGUCCUCUGCUCCUCGCUCAGGAUGUCAGCGCUGAGUCCUCAUUCACGCUAAUGCUUGGUUCUCACUCAAACACCUUCCUACUAAUUGGAAUAGAUAACAACACCAUCAACAUUCAGCGAAACGGACAGGUGAAGGCCAACUGCAACAGCGCUGUAACGCACACUUUUCGCAGUGACAAUGGAGUGACUGUCAGGAGAGGGUCGACCGCUGUUCAGGUUUCCAAUCAGCAUGGAGUGUCAGUGUCAUGUGACCUGCUGUUUCAGGUGUGCAGCUUCACUCUUGAUGGAUGGCUGCACGGCUCGUCCACUGGUCUGUUGGGAACUAAUGACAAUGAAGCAGGAAAUGAUUUCCCUUUGCCUGAUGGAUCUCAAGCUGAGAACAUGGGCAGGUUUUUCCACAGUUGGCAGAUGAAACCAGACUGUAUUAAACCAUCAGGUGUAAAUGAGCACUCUCCAGAAGCAGCCAUCAGCCAUGUGAGCUGUGAUUUCCUGUUCUCUUCUCCUGACUCCCCUCUGAGCUCCUGUUUCAGGGUGGUGAGUCCCACUCAGUUCUUGUCUGUUUGUGAGAUGAGCUCCUCCAGAGCCCCCUGCAGACUAGCAUCUGCUUUUGUUCACCUCUGUCAGCAGAACUACAUACCUCUGGAGGUGCCUGUGCAGUGCUUGAAAGUAUGAAGAAGGGACAAGCUGCUGUGAAGCAAAAACAGAAAUCUAUGACCUCUUUUAGCUGCUAGAUCAAAAUUUAAACUUUUAUACCACUGUUUGUGCUAUGCAUUAUUCUUUAUUUUGUAUUCAAUUUUGUAUUGUUACACAUAAUUACACCUAUAAUAUUGAUACUGUGCCAAUAAUGAGAAUGUGAACAAAUAACUACAGAGAGCAGUUCAUAAGUAACCAUGUGGCCUCGUUUUUGUUUUCUGUGGUCUGUAGUACAAACACUGAAUAUUUUUGUGAUUGCCCUUCGUGAAAACACAGUGACUAAUUCUCACAAGUUAACUUCGAUCAUGAAACGAACCAUGUUUGUUUACAUUCAGUGCUUGUAUUGAUUUAUUAUUAAACAAUUUGUCAAAUAUUUA